GUAUCAAACGCGGUGGUGGUGUUGGGAGCGCUUGCCAGAAGAGAAGCCCCCCGUUUUCUCGUAAAGGAAGACGAGAGGAGGAGGAACAAGAGCGAGAUCCGGCGAGCCGCCUCUACCUUCCCGUAGAUUCGUCUCUUUUCUGCCCUUCGUUUCUAAGAGAAAUAUGUCGAUCUCUCCGGACUCGCACGCUCCUGAAAGUUCUCUUACUGGACUUGCUCCGGUUGAAGCAGUUCUAUUUGAUGUUGACGGAACCCUGUGUGAUUCGGAUCCUCUUCAUUAUUAUGCUUUUCGAGAAAUGCUGCUAGAGAUUGGCUAUAAUAAUGGAGUCCCCGUAGAUGAAGAAUUCUUCAUAAAAAAUAUUGCUGGAAGGCACAAUGAUGAUAUUGCUAGUAUCUUAUUUCCUGACUGGGAUCAUGAGAAGGCCAUUAAAUUUGUUGAUGAUAAGGAAGCAAUGUUCCGAAGGUUAGUAUCUAAAGAGUUGAAGCCAAUAGAAGGUCUUCACAAGCUAUGCAAGUGGGUCGAGGAUCGAGGCCUGAAGCGUGCAGCAGUCACUAACGCCCCAAGGCUUAAUGCAGAGCUUAUGAUUUCAAUGCUCGGUCUGACUGAUUUCUUCCAAGUUGUAGUAGUUGGGAGCGAAUGUGAGAGAGCUAAACCAUUCCCUGAUCCUUACUUGAAGGCUCUCAAGGAACUCAAGGCAUCUGCUGAACAUUCAUUUGUUUUCGAGGACUCAGCAUCAGGAAUAAAAGCCGGUGUAGCUGCUGGAAUGCCUGUUUUCGGUUUAACAACCAGGAACCCUGAGAAGUCUCUGAUAGAAGCAGGAGCUUCUUUCCUUAUAAAGGACUAUGAAGAUCCAAAGCUUUGGAUGUCAUUGGAAGAACUGAACAGGGUACAACAAUCCUGAACACUGCUGAUGUUAGAGAAGAAAAUUGGAAAAACACUCAUAGAAACACCAUAACAUCGAAACUUAUAUACUGGGGUACAAUUUUAUACGAAAACAUAAACAUUUUCCUUUUGGUUGUAUUUGGUUUUUGUUACAUUGAAUUAAUUAUCUGGUAAAUCUGAUGAUCAAGACAUCUGCAACCACAUUUAUACAUUGAAUAAGAAGAUUGUGAUGGAGAAGUUCACUUCUCGGAUUGCUGAUCCA